AUACAAAACUUGGCAACUUUUAGCUAUCGAAGAAAGCCACCAUCACUACCCUCAUAUAACGACAGCUUCAAUGAUCAUACAAUGAAAUGAAAUCAACCUCCAAUAACUACGUGUUCAAAUCCCAUUGGACCUUUGUGUACGAUAUACAUUGUGCUCACAUCUUUCCACUCUUUCUUAGCAAGCACUUUGUCAUAAUUUAUAAACUCAUAAUAAACAUCUUGAAUCACAUCAAAUCUUGCUCCUCUCCUUCUCUUCCUCUCUGCUCUCUCUCCUCUUCUACCGAAUUCCUCAAUUAUAUAUAUAUAUAUAUAUACAAGUUGGUCCCGUGAGUUCCAGUCCCAUUCAAUCAUUUCACUUGAGGUUCAGAUCUGAGACGCACUCACACUGCAAUGGCAGAAAAAGAAAAGAAAUUCUUGAUUGGAGUUUGUUUAUUGUCCCCUAAUUGUAAAUGGGUUCACUUCAGGAGACGAUAAUGGUGCUGAAGGUGGACCUUCAGUGUCACAAAUGCUAUAAGAAGGUCAAAAAAGUUCUCUGCAAAUUCCCUCAAAUACGAGACCAGAUAUACGACGAGAAGAAUAACCAGGUGAUCAUCAAAGUGGUAUGCUGCAGUCCAGAGAAGAUAAGGGACAGGAUAUGCUGCAAAGGUGGGGGAGCCAUCAAGGGCAUUGAGAUCAAAGAGCCUGAGAAGCCCAAACCACCACCGCCGGCAGACAAACCCAAACCACCACCGCCGGCAGACAAACCCAAACCACCACCGCCGGCAGACAAACCCAAACCACCACCGCCCGAAGACAAACCCAAACCACCACCGCCGGUCAAACCCAAACCACCACCGCCCGAAGACAAACCCAAACCACCGCCGGCAGACAAACCCAAACCACCGCCGGCAGACAACCCCAAACCUCCACCUCCACCGGCGCCUGUUCCUAUAUGCUACCCACCGCCUAACGUGAACGCGUGCUGUAUGGAUUGUUACCAUGGGCAUCCCGGUGGGCCAUGCCAGACUGGCUAUGGUGGAGUAGCCCCAUACAUCCAGUAUGAUGGUUACUAUGGAAGGCCUGUGUACGACAGUUAUGGCGGUGGCAGGAGCUACAAUACCAACUAUUGUGUUGCCCGCUCUGACUGUUUCAGUGAAGAAAAUCCCCAAGGCUGCACAGUCAUGUGACUUCCCAUAUGGUGCACUGCGGAAUAUUGUUGAGGUCAAGUUCAUUUGGGUUUGGAGUUUCAGGGACAUAAAUUAAAUAUAUGUAAAUCAUCUUCAAUCUUUCAUUUUAUGUUUAAUUAGCAGCAGUCCAGUGUUGGUGUUGGUUUAGUUUAUAGGAGAAGAAAAGUGAUCAAUAAAGUUGGUUGUUGAUGGUGGUGGAGGACUAAGUCACAAUCAGGUUAUUAUUCGUUGUACCUACAUACAUUACAUGAAGAUGAAUGAAGUUGCUGCUGCUACAAUUUUCAAUGCAAUAAUAAACAAGUUUCCAUUGCACAA